UAUAAUCUAGAAUGAAUUUUGUAACGCUGAACGUAUGUAUAUAUAUGGGGUACGACGCAUCGAGAUAUCAUUCGUGUUUCAACUACGACCCCACACAAACAAGAUGCAACUGUUCGUCCUCGCUUCUUUCAUCGGCUUCGCCGCCGCCGCUUUACUCCCAAACUACCAGCCCAGCAGGCCCCAAGAUUCCCUAGACAAGAACGCCAGGAUCCUGGCUUAUGAUGCUGACGUCAAAGAAGACUCCUACAGAUGGAGCUACGAGACAGAAAACGGUAUCAAGGCUGAGGAACAGGGUCGUGAGGCUGAUGGCAUCGAAGCUCAGGGUGGUUACCAAUACACUGGUGAUGACGGCCAGGUGUACGCUGUGAGAUACGUCGCUAACCAAGGCGGUUUCCAACCCCAGGCUGCUCAUUUUCCAACCUCACCUCCAAUUCCAGAAGAAAUCCUUAAGGCUUUGGAGCAAAACGCCCGCGAUGAAGCCGCUGGUAUCAUUGAUGAUGGACAAUACAACCCCGCUAAAUACGGAGGUGCCAUCGUGCAGCCCAACUUAGCGCGUGCGCAAGCAGGCUUCAGACAGUACAACAAAUUCUAAGCACGACCUCAGCUACAGACAAACUAACGAUUAGACAUAGAGUAGUUUGACAGUUAGGAUAUGCUAGUAAAGAAGCAAUAUUGUGAUAACUUAGCAGAUUGAGUCUCUCCAUUAUUAAUUGUAAUGUUAAUUCAUAAUUAUAUUUCGUAUAGUAUAUAGUAUUUUUAUAGAAAAAUGCCAUUAUACUAUAGAAAUAUAACACAUUUAAAAAUAGUUAAGAAUAUAACAUAAAGACAAAACAAUACCUUGUAUACAUCUAUACUUCUUCCACAAUUUAUAAUGGUGUGAAAAAUAUUCUUCAAUCAUAUGUCAAAAUGUUUACGAGGCUUCAAACGCGAAAAAGCGAUAAGAAAAUAUAAAUUUAUGAUAUUGUGAUAGACCAUAAUAAUACUUUAUAGUAAUUGAUCAUAUGAUCGAAACGCGAAUUAUUUAUUCUAUGAAUAAACUUGUACCUUUUUUAAA